GCGCGGAUACCUGCAGGCGCUCGCUGCAAAUCCGCUCAGGACAAAGUGAGCGUUGCUUCCUGCGUGCUUUGGGGGUGUUUUCCGCACCCGCCCACGCCUGGGCCCAACCAACUGGGGAGUGAAGACGUAGAGCUUGCGGCAAGCUCGGGCAUGUGGAGGAAAGACGAGCAACAUCAAGGUGCAGACUCGAAGUGGGAUUAGUACUGACUGAACUCGAAUUUCCGCCUUUUCUCCUUGCUCGUGUGCAAUGCAGGAUGCUAACAUCUGGUGUCCUAUCUGGACUGGCAGAGAUACUCGCCGGUCGCUUGGCAGGUGCUGCUCCACCGACCAAGAAACUGCCACCGGGCCAAGUGAGCGAGAAACGCAUUGCGCAACAACAGCCGCUGCGUCUGCUCCUCGCGCACCUCGAGUCGGUCGGACUCAACGAGCGCGCGCUGAAGAUGUUCAUCUACGGCUUCGCCAUCUCCGCGCCGCUCGGACACGUCAUGACUGGCGCGCUUCAGCGCGCCUUUGCAGGGCGCACGACGACGCGCGACAAGGUUAUCCAGAUCAUCACGGCCAAUCUGACCGUCUCAAUGAUCGGCAACCUUGUCUACCUCAGCAGCAUGGCGUAUAUCAACGGCGCACGCAGACUGGAUCAGGUUGUCCUUGCGGUCAGGACGAACUUCAUACGCGUCAUGCGCCUCACGUGGGCUACUAGCCCUGUGAGCAUUGCUAUCGCUCAGAAUUUCCUCCCGUCAGAGGUCUGGGAGCCUUUCUUCACAUUCAUCCGCUUCAUCCUCUCCACCUGGAUCAACACUAUCGCCAAGAAGAAGCAGAUGCAGCUCGCCAGACAGGAGGCCGCCAAGAAAGGGAAAGGUACCAACCUCAUUGAUGGGGACCUUGCCAAAGGCGCCACUCAGGGCAGGUGAGAGGCCGCAAGAAGAAAGGAAGACGAUAUGUCCCCUUUGUCUUGCAUCCGUACCGGAUGCUCAAAUUCCUCUCCUUUUCAAAGGUAAAGGGCUGCACACAUGCCGAAUCGGGACCUUCCCCUUCCCCUCGCUAUUGUGAAAGAGACUAAUGGUUCUAUUG